UGUUAUUUUGAGCUCGGAUAACCAUGCAUUCAGAUGCAUUUUAUGUCGUAGCGAGUACAAUGACGAAAGAUUUUCUUUUAUAUAACUUUUUCUUUAAUUGAUUUUGCUAUUUAGAUAUGAGUACGAUAACAAUUGAUAAAAAAAUAGGUGGUUCCUACACAUUCUAAUAAUAUUAUUACAAUAUGAUGAAAUAUUUGAAACCAAGAUUAAUAACUUUCGAUGUAACUGGAACAUUAUUAAUGACGAAGUUAGAAGAACAUUAUAUUGAGGUCGGACGUAAAUAUGGUUUAUCAAUCGAACCUCGUCAAUUGGCGCAAAGUUUUAAAUACAAUUUUCGGCGUCUUGCUGUUGAACAUCCCAUAUAUGGAAAAUAUACCGGCCUUGGAUGGGAAAAUUGGUGGAGAACGAUCGUUUACAAUGUAUUUAAAGAUCAAAACAAGAAUAUUCCUUCUGAAACUCUUGACCAGGUUGCAAAUACCUUGAUAGAAUGUUACAGCACAAGUAAAUGCUGGCAUAUGUAUCCAGGGACAAUCGAAUUACUCGAAUGCCUUCGUAAAUACAGAAUUGUUUUAGGAGUGAUAUCCAAUUUUGAUGAGAGAUUGGAACCAAUUCUAAUUGAUCUCAAGAUUAGACCGUUUUUUUCCUUUCUAUUAACAUCAUACAAUUUUGGCAAGGAGAAGCCGGACGUAUCAAUAUUCGUUGAAGCUCUACGAUUAGCAAAUAAAGAUCAAAAAGUAGACAUCGUACCUCAAGAGGCUAUACAUAUAGGCGAUAUGAUAGAUAACGAUUAUCUUGGUGCAAAAAAUGCACAAUGGAAUGCACUUUUAAUCAGUCAUGAACAAAAAUCUAUAAACGAAAGAGAAGUUUGUAAAGAAGAUAUUUUUAUAAAUCUUCAAGAUCUACAAAGGCACUUUGAAAUAUUUUUAAAUAAAAUAAAAGAUCAAGAAAAGGUUUGAAUUAUUAUAAAUAAUAUGAAGAUAAUCUUUUAAGUAGUAGCAUAUUAAUAAAAAUUAAAAAAUUGUUAAAUUUGAUGCAAUGACUUCGUAGUAUAAUUCUGUCAACUAUAGAAGCUUUGUUUAUUUUUAACUUUAUGAUACUGUUAGAUACUAAUAUA